GCUGGCCUCCUCCAUCACCCCAUCAACUAAGGUGUGUUUAUUAUCAUUUUUUUAAGUGAUUUUUGUUUACAUUUUAUUUCCUUAUAACUAUAUUAAUAAUAAGAGUAUUUUGCAUAAAAUAAAUAAAGAAAAGUGACCACACAAGAUUAUACAAACUCAACUCUUUUUUCUAUCUCUGAGGCAACUCCAGUGUCCCAUUCCAAGCCAAUGGAAAACCUUCCCCCAUUGAUUUACAAACACCCCAUUAGAAGAACCUCUAGGCGAUCUACAAUGUAUCUUGGUGUUAGAAAAAGGCCGUGGGGAAGAUAUGCUGCUGAGUUUAGGAACCCAUAUACCAAAGAAAGACACUGGCUUGGCACAUUUGACACUGCAGAAGAGGCUGCCAUAGCUUAUGAUCUUUCAUCUAUCAACAUUUGUGGCAUUGACAAUGCUCGAACUAAUUUUCAUUACCCUUUUGCGUCACUUCCACCACCCCCUUUGUUAAUUCCUCCACCACCACCACCACCACCGACUCCAAAGCUGGAUCCAAGUGUUGGGCUUUGUCCAGAGAUUGAUGCUGCUUACGAUGGUGAUGAUGAAUCUCUGAUUAUUGCUUCUAUUUUGCAAUGUUUUUCUAAUUCUGGUAAUUGUUCUUUUUAAUUUUUGGUUCCCUUGAGACCAAAAGGCUUGCACCUUAAUUAUUAAUUAAAUACUUGGAAGACCAGUAAUUCUAUUUUUUUUCCUUGUUACAUUCACCAGUCAUACUUUACGGCUUUCUACCCAAAUUUCUACGUAUUUAAUUACUUGUACUGAACUAUAGAGGCUAAAUUAAUAUUCUUUUUCUUCCGAUAAAUAAAUCUUGUUUUAUUAUGUAUGAAAAACCAUACAAAAUAACAAGUGGGUUACUUAGGGUUUUUUAUUUAUUCAUAUUGCCAGGUGAAUAGCCAAGAGUUUACAACUAGAGGUUUCGUUUAGGUCUACCGUUUCUAUUUAAUUUCAUAUGAUUCUUAAUUAAUAAUUAUAUAGUAAUAUCUAGACUAAUGGUAUAAACCAAGAGCCUUUUGAUUCAUUGAUGAAUUCGAAUUUUAUAAUUAGUGAGUUUGCCGAAACAUAAAAUAAUACUGCUCAUAUGGAAACACUCGAAUAAAGAUGCAAUUUGGGGGGUAGGAAUAGUCUCGCCAUCCCCGUUUGAAAACUGUUCCAUUGCAUUGUUUGAAAAUAAAAAUCGAGAAUUAAUGCUACCCAUUUGACAAAUUUCGAUUUAGUCCGUUGUCAACACCGUUAAAUCAAAGUAAAUAUUUUUUAUUUUAUAAAAUAUCCAUUCUAAACAUCUAGAAAUUUGUGAAACCCGAGUUUAUCCUCUUGCACAAACAAGUUCCUAAAAUGUUAAUUAAUUAACACUUGUUAACAGGAAGAAAGCUAAGCUUAUGGCAAAUAACAAUGGUUAACUAUUAUUUUAGAAAUUAUCAUAGCGGCUUUUCAAUUUGGCAAAAUAAACCAGCUCAAUUUGAUUAAGUUAAUUAAAAUAUGAAUUUUGAGUUUUAAAUUUGAAGUUUGAAUUAUUAUUAUUAAUAAUAAUUUUAUUCACUCGAAUUUUUUUUAUCGAAUUCAAACCUACUUAACCUAUUUAAUUAAAUAUAAAAUGUAGAUUCAAACCAAAUUUAUAGCCAAAAAAAAAUGUGAACUUCUUUUUUCUCUUAGCAUGAACUUCUUUUAUUCAACCCAACUGAAACUCAAAACAGGCCGAGCCCAAAUUGGAUUGUGUAACUCAUCUUAACAUCUUAAGCUGCUCCCAUGAAGUCCAUCAAAUCAUAAUGAUACUGAGAAAAUAAAACCAACAU